GCCACCGGGUGCAUUAGGAAUAGGUGAGACUGUAAGUGAACGAGAUCCCAGCAGAUUCCUGAGCAGAAUGAAGGUGCGGCUCAUUGCUAUCAGAAAUAACAAGGAUUAAUCAAAGUCCAACCCUGUGCUCAUGCGCCAGAUACCUCUCCUGCACAGACCCAGAUAACUCACAGCUAUGAACCAUCUGUUCUUUCUAUGGAUCCUUCUCCCUGUUGCAGGGACAAUGCAAGUGAGGACAUAUCCACAGCAAGCAAGAGGCUGGGUGAGGAAAAGCACUUUACUGAGCUGUUAUUUCACAAGCCCCAGAGACACAAAGUUGGAAGAUAUUGCAGUGAGAUGGGCCGUGAAGUCCCCGGGUGCCCUGAGAACCGUCUACUCGUUUGAUGGAAACAGAACAGAGUGUGAUAGAAAAGAGACUUUCCUGGAUCUCUCCCUCCUGGAGAAUGGAAAUGCCUCCCUCUAUCUGAAAGAUAUAACCGUGGAAGAUGAAGGAGAAUAUACCUGCACCGUAUUAAUAACUCCCCAUGUGGGACAUUCCAAAAUUGCACUAAAAGUGACAGCAAAGCCCUAUGUGAGUUUAGAGCCCCAGAAUACAACCUAUUUCCAUGGCGAGAUAAAGACUUUCUUCUGUAUCGUCCAGAAUUAUUAUCCACAGGAGAUUGAAUUAAACUGGCUGGUGAGUGGGCCGGACAAAGAGUGGGUUCUGCCAAAAACUUACUGUACCAGUGACCCAGCUCUCAAUACUGACGGCACCUACUCCGUGAAGAGCCAGAUAGCCUUAGUCCUUAAUGAAAGUGAUUCUGGAGCAACAACUUACAUCUGUGAAGUCACACACGUGUCACUGGAAGAGCCGGCGAGGGGAAGAACCUCCAUAUUCCUGGCGCCUUCUCAGGCCAUUCAUACGGACACUGGAUUCAUUGUAGGAGUUGCCAUAGGCUGUGUACUGGUGACCGGAAUGAUCAGCGUCUUAUUCAGCGUUUUAUAUCAGAAGCGACUUGCAGAAGUUGCUCCUCUGGUAUCGCCAAUUAUUCUGCCGGCACUGGUAAUCGCCAAUGAAAAAAUUACAUUUACGUGCAACAUUAAUGGCUUCCGGCCAAAGCCAAUCAACAUCCAGUGGUACAUUGACAGGCCAAAGCAAGGUCAGAGAAGCCGUUCCAUUGAUACGCCUCUACUCUGUGGUGAGGACAUCACACACCAAGCCCAACAUCUGGUGACCAAACAUGGGAGUGUCUUCAGUGCGACAUCCCAGCUAUUUUACACUCCAACUGUUCAAGACGAUGGAGCCACUUUGGUCUGUGAGGUGGAACACAAAGCCUUACAUGCAACAGUGCGACAGAAGGAAAAGAUAAAUAUAACCGCUCGCCCCAAAAAAUGUUACAUCACAAGUUGGCCACUGGUCCCUCAGUUGGGAGAAAGACUUGUCCUGAGCUGCAUCGUAGAGAAGUUUUACCCAAUGGAGAUAUCUCUAACGUGGCUGAAGAACGGGCAGUUGGUCACGGAUGUGACGUCAUUCGGGCCCUUCCUCUGUGAGGACGACUAUUGCAGCAUAUGGAGUCAGACUGAACUCUUACUGACUGAGGAGGAUGAUGGCCUUAUCUAUACUUGUCUGAUCAACCAUAUGAGUUUUGGGAAGAUAGAGGAACUGAACUAUGAAAUUAACUUAAAAGGAACACCUCCUGAGGUCCAGUGGAUCAUAGCUGAACCCCAAAAUCCUACCGAAGGGGAAGAAGUUAUGCUAAGGUGCAAGAUCAGUAACUUUUCUCCUCCACAAGUAACAGUGAACUGGUUCAGAAAUGGAGUCCAGCUUGGAACGGGGGUCUGUAACUCUCUGUGUGUGGCCAGUGCUAGGGGUUUGCACUCAAUGUGGAGCAUGUUGAGGUUUCCAUGCCAAGCCCAAGACCACGGAAGUAUAUUUAUGUGCCAAGUCAACCACACUGCUUUAAAGAACUGUGAAGAGAGAUCCUACACAUUGAGCCUGUCUGGAAAAAGCUGAUCAUGGACAACAUAGCGCCGUGGGGAACUCAUAGCUACUGUAUAUACUGUAUAUAGAUCCAACAAACCAUGGUGGCCUCAGAAAUACUUAUAGCUUUAUGCUGGAUAUUUAUUCUUUUAACAGUGUGUAAUCCUUAACCCAUACAAUUGUGUGUUGUAUAUAUCAUUUUUAAAUAAGCUUUGCCAGUGA